AACUACCUUCCAGAAGAGAAACUGCGCUAUGGCAGACACGAUGCCGCCGCCGCAUUCCGAGCCCGUUACGCGGAAGCCGUUGCCCCCUUUAGAGGUCCCGGGGCAAAACCAGGAGCGCUUUGUGAUGCAGCCCAAGGUGGAGGCGGGUCGAGCCCACCCCGAGAGCGCAGAGCCCGUGACAACCAAGUCGAAGGGUCUGCAGGAGACGCUUACGUGGUUGGAGAAACAGUGCCAUGUCGUGCAGACGCACGACGGCCACCAACGUCGCAAGCGUUCGUCCACGUUCGUGCGCUCAGUGUUGCGUCUUCUCAGUGGGUCUAGGGACAUGAACAACAGCGACGAGGGCGAGGACAAUGCUCCAAAGCUGCCAGUCCCCUGGGGACAGGAUGUGCUCAAGGUUGACUGGUCGGAGGUGGGCUUCCGACUACUUGACCAGCCUAUUAUGCAGGAUAUGAACCGCGUCCGCGCAUUCAUCGCCAAGGAGGAGCUUUUCACCGCGUCCCCGCAGGGGAUAAUAGCACUAGCCAAAUGGCUACAGCGCUUUGACAACCACGUGCGUCAUGUGAUAACACUCAAAGAAUAUUUACUGGAGGAGCGUACGCUAAUUGUCGGCGUGGGACACAACGUAACCACGCUCUACGAUGCGUACGAUGAAGCCUUGGCAGUGGCACUGGAAAAAGUGCACGACGAGCGUCGCGACUUGAGCGAAGCCGUUUUGCACAUGUUUGACGAGCUGGAGAAUCUUCUGCGCGGUGAGGUGACAGCUGUAAAGCACCUAAUCACGCAGACAUUGACUGAAAAGGAAGAGUAUGAAGCGCUAAGCACGCUGUUUAACCAGCUCACCAGUGACGACGAGUGUGGUGUGAUUGUCGCCCACCUGCUCGGUUGGAUGCGUAACAAUAUGAGCGAGGAGGACGUGCGCGUGUUCCUCGCGCUGUUCAAUCCAGAUGUGCAGGACAGGAUUGCCGGCGAGUGGAUGCGCAUGUAUGCGUCGUACCUUCACUUGCUGGACGAGUUCUCGAUCAACUAUGACAGCUCGCUCUCGUAUUUUACAUGAAGCAUCGUCGGCGUGCGACCACGAUGCUGGCAGACGUAGAUUCUGGAUCGAGCUCGCAUGGGGCUUAGCGGAUCCAACUAGUUCAGUGCUGCUGCGCCACUAUCGUCACUAAAAGGUGACGGAACGAGCAGCAGCUAGCGAUACACGAGAGGAACUCGUCUGGCGGGUGAUGAAGGCCGCAAGCUUUUGCAGUGUAUACGUGUAUUCUUGCGUUUAGUUUAUGAUGCCCAACAUAUUAUGGUGUAAUCUCAAAGAGACAGAAAUAACGAGCAUGUCUUGCAAGCACGCACAUUACAUGUAAACUCUGCUACGUGUACAUGUAGCAUGAUGAACUUCGUUAGAAUG